AUGGACUUCCCCGAGGCCCCGAUUUUCCCCGUCCUCAAGGACAAAGUGGCUAUCAUUACUGGUGGCGCCCAGGGCAUGGGCAAGGCCACAGCCUCCGUCUUCCUCCGCGCAGGGGCAAAGGUGGUCAUCGCCGAUGUCAGGGACGAACAGGGGGCCCAGGUUGCUGAGGAGCUCUCUUCCCUUGGCGAGGUUCGUUUCGUACGCACAGACAUCUCCAAGUCGGAGGAUAUCCAGAACCUCAUCGCGCAGACUGUCAGCGCAUUCGGCAAGCUAGAUGUAGCCAUCAACAACGCCGCGAUGACCCCUGACAAGACGGCGCUCCUCGAAGCAGACGAGGACUACUGGCGCCGGCUGAUAGAUGUCAACCUGACGGGGACUGCGCUCUGCUGCAAGUAUGAGAUGCAGCAGAUGAAGAAGCAGGGCACCAGGGGCUCAAUCGUCAACAUUGCCUCGAUCAACGCGUACAUGCCGCAGCCCAACAUGCCGGCGUACACUCUAUCAAAACACGCCAUUCUGGGGUUGACCAAGCACGCAGCCACAGAGGGAGGUCCCAGCGGCAUUCGGGUAAACACCGUGGCCCCAGGAGCUAUUUUUAGCGAGAUGUCUGCUGCGGCCCUGGAGAUCAUGGGCACAACGCACGACGAGUUCGCGCCCAAGGUCAGCAGUCUGCACCGGUUCGGUCAGCCCCAUGAGGUCGCCCAGGCUUCGCUCUGGCUGGCUUCGGACAGCUCGUCGUACGUUCACGGCGUUAGUCUUCCGGUUGACGGAGGAUUCCUUUCCAAGUGGUAG